AUGUCUACAGGUAAAAAUGAAUCAGUAGAAGAAUUGCAUAGUCAUCAUAAUAAAAAAAUACAAUGGGAUGAUUUGGACCCAAAGAAAUAUUAUUUUUAUAAUUUUUUAUUAGGUGGUUCAAUAGAUUUAUUAAUGUACCCACUUGAUGUAAUUAGAACAAGAUUACAGGUUCAAGGAUCUCACAAUAUUACACAAUCAUUUCCACAAUACAAUGGAACUAUGGACGGUUUUAGAAAAUUAGUUGGGUUAGAAGGAAAAAAAGCAUUAUAUAAAGGAUUUUUAACAUCAGAAUUAGGUUAUCUAACAAGUCGUGGUAUUUAUUUUGGUUCAUACGAAAUUUCAAAACAAACAAUCAGAAAAUUUUUUAAUAAGGAUUUAGAAUCAGAUUCAGACUUGUUUUUUGUUACAACUGUUUCUGGGGCAAUUUCGGAAGCUUUAGCAUCUUUUGUUUGGGUUCCAUUUGAUGUAGCAACUCAAACCGUUCAAAUUCAAGGUUCCUUACAAGAACCAAAAUAUAAACCCGGUUUAGGUGUAUUUCAAAAAAUUUAUCAAGAAAAAGGUAUGAGAGGAUUAUAUAAAGGUUUUGGAGCAACAAUGAUUAGAAAUGUGCCAUAUUCUGGUAUUUGGUGGGGCACUUACGAAAUGUCGAAAUUAAAAUUAACAGAAUUUAAUAUAAGAGAAAAAUUACAUAUGAAAGAAAGAACAGGAAAAGUUUUAUCAGUUCACGAAACCCAUCAUAAUAAUAAUAUCAAUAAUAAUAAUAAUAAUAAUAAAGAUUACGAAGUAGAAAAUGAGGAUCCAAUAAUUCACUUUUUUUCAGGUUUUUUUGCAGCAGUAUUUGCAACUACAAUUACAAAUCCAUUGGAUGUAGCUAAAACUCGUUUACAAACUGGUUCAUUUGGUCCAAACGAAAGACCAAAUUUUUAUACAAUAAUUAAAAGUACAAUUAAAAAGGAAGGUGUAAGAGCACUUUGGAAGGGUUUGGUCCCAUCACUAUUAACCUCAGCUCCUUAUUCAAUGAUUUCUAUUUUCCUUUAUGAAGAGGUUAAAAAAUUAUCCUUAAAAUAA